AUGGCCAGCGCCAGUAUUUUGGGCGGAAUUGAUCGUGUACGAAUCGCACUACUCAUCUCGACGGUUAUAUUUCUGAUUCUUUCGAUUGUCUUCAUCGUCCUUUUCGCUACGAAACACGGUGAGCAAAAAAAAGCUUUUUUUUCCAUUUUGAGACUUUUAUCCUUGGAGCGAGUUUCCUCAUAGAGAACAGCCUGCUACACAACUUCUUUUUGAGAAAAGAAAAAUUGGAAGACGAGGUUUUCUGUGGUUUUUCUUAAAAUAAGUCCGAACUUUCCAGAAAAAAAGAUUGAAUUUUUGAAAUCUUUUCCUCGGGGCAGAGUUUCCCUAGUAAGAACAGCCAGCUUUUAUUUAUACUGAAUUCAUUUUCAAAAAAAGGAACGUUUAAAGGUACAGGUUUUGAAAAAAAAAAGUUAUUUUUAAAUAAGUAGUAAAUAUUUCUGUGUAAAAUAUUCAAAUAAAAACUGUUUUUUCAGACUCCUCCUCAGCCUAUUUGGCCACCGGCUACACAGUUAGCAACAAAGACGCCGUUUAUGGCGAGGUCGGAUUUUUGGUCUUCGAAUAAAAGAAUAUGAUAAACAUAGAAAUAAUGUUCCAAAAAAAUUGAAAUUGAUAACAAUAUUUUUUUAGGGUUCAAUAAUUGAAAAUUUUUUGAUGCUGACGUAUUCUCUCACUGCUAGAGUCAGGGGAAAAGUUCAAAAUUUUCACCGGUUUAGUGUAUUUUUGAGCUUCAAAACUUGAAUUUUUAAAACUUUACUAACAAAUCGAAAAAAUGUAGCUUUAAAUUCUGACUUUAAAAAAUCCAAAAAAUCAAGCCUUUUCAUCAAUUAGAGUACGAAUUUUCAAGUUCAAAAUGAAAUUCCAGCUGAAUGGCGUGCUGAAAAACAACUAUCAUGUCAAUUCCCUGGCCGUUGACGUUCAGUGAGUUAUUAUCAUAAUUUUUAAAGAACUUUUCAAAAAAUUUGUCUUUUUUUGAGAGAAAAGUGUUUAGAAACGGCAUUUCCACGGCUGUGUUCUCAUUGCGCGGAAAUCCAGGAGCGACGGACGUUCAGAAUAAAUUAGCGGCCGUCAAAACCACCACCAGUCUUCACGUUAGCAGUGAGUUUCGGAUGGGUUAUUGAUUAUUUUUCAGUGGAAAAUGAGCAGUUUAGUUGAUAUUUCUUUGGAAAAAGGCCAUUUUGUAGGAUUGUCCUCAUAAUUUGAGUCACACUACUAUUUUUCCUUGCCUCCGGCUGAAAAUUUAGCUUUUUUGCAAAAAUAUGAACUUUUUUUUUCGCUGGCUAGAAGCGUCGCGGUCGCGCUGCUUUUUUGUGCAUCUUAUGGAGUUUGAAAUAUCAAUUUCUUAGCUGCGAACCAAGCAGCUUUCUCUAAAAGGUUUUGAAACCUUUGCGCGCAAGUCGUUUUGGGUCGGUCGCAUUCUCAAGAAAUUGGCUUUUGGCUUACCACACUAGCGAUUAUGAUACUUUAGCGCAACAAUUUCAAAUCUGAAACUCAAAAAAAGUACCAGACUGAUCAGAAAAUAGGUCUCUUCACUUCAUUUACCUGUAAAAUAUCCUAAACUUUUAUACUAUUUUUCUGCUCAUUUUUGUCAUUUAUUCCUUUUUCGGGCAUUCCCGGUAGAAAAAAAAUCAUUGUGAAGCGGUUUUCCGAUACUUGGAAGUUUAGACUUGUACUUCAUCUUUCAGGCAACCCUUCUAUUAAAAUCCUAGUCUUUUUUAUUAACUUUAAGACAUUUCUUUUCACUAGAACACCUCAUCGGAUCGGCAUUCUCUUUUGAAGUAUUUUUGCGUCAUUUCGAAAUUCUUUAUCAAUGAACCCUUCAAAUAUAUGAAUCAAAACAAAUAAGAAAAUGAGAAAAAAAAACUAUUGAGGACACGUAAUUUCGAUUCAUUGAUAAAAAUAAAGUUUUCGCGUAUUAUCGAAAUGAUUAUUCCGAUCAGCCUUGAAAAUCGCCAUGCAUAAGAUUCUUUGCACACAGAUUGUGAUUCAGGGCGUGAAGAUUUAGAUAAGAAUGGAAAAAUGCCGGAAUACGAAUUUCGUAGGCUUGAGAUGAUUUUGAUAAGAUGAGGUGCGAAAAUGAUGCAAGCCUCACAGUGAUUUUAUUCUGCAAUUGAUCCUGGAAAUUUAAAAAUGAUAUGUAGGAAGCUGAAAAUACUUCUUAAAGAAAGAAAAAAAAGAGAAAGGCGGCUGAAGUGGAAGGUGGCAAUUAUGCUUCAUCGCAAAUCUUAUUCAUAAAAUUCCGUUCUGAAUGAAAAAUUCGAGGGACUUUUUGAGCAGUUUUUUUAAUUGAUUUUUUUAGAUUUAUACUGCGGUAUUUAAGGUUUUCGAAGCGUAUGUUAAAUAAUUUUCUAACAAAUUCUGAUCUAUUGAAAAAAGCUUAGCUCUAAUGACCUUAGAAGAAAGUUACUCAGAAACUUUUUGAAUGAAAAUAAAAUUUAAAAAAUCUUGAAUGAUCAGGAAAAAAGUUACAAUGUCAUACUGAUGAGGCUAGAUCCUCCAAUGAUCACUAAGAAGGCGUCAAAAUUGCUUUAGUGACCUCUUAAAUACUCGAAAGCACUAUAGAGGCGACAAAGUCGCUUUAGGGACCACUUAAUCGCUCAGAAGCAUUAAAGAGGCGAUGAAAUCCCUUCAGUGGCCCCUCAAUGCUUUGCCCGAUACACCUGAAGGCUGGCGCUUUUUUUUUAUUAUUUUUUUUUUCAUUUUUAAAGAGUUUCCUGGUUUUAUUCAAGAUUCAGAAAUAAAGUCAAUAAUUUCUUGUUAAACUUGAAUUUCAGACGGCGACAACGCCUACAGUGUGUGCAGACCGACCCCCGUCGUUUUCUCCACGGCAUCCACAAAGCCAGGACAGACUACCGUAGUCACCGUACCCGCAAAGACUACGGUGGUUACGCAGCAACCGCCCGUCCGCACUUAUUGUACCGCGAAAUUUGAAAAGUUCGAACUAAUACAUUUUCUUUGAAGACUGUAACCAACCCGUCUACCGUGACGUCAUCAUCGUCGUUGACGUCAACCUCAACAAGAAAUUCGCCGCUCAAAAAGACGCCAAGGCCGAUGCUCUUCAGCAAAUCAAGGCUCAGGUUUGUUAGGAAUCAGGGUUUGAAGAAAAAUAUUUUUAAUUUUUGGGAUUGGUUUUUCGAGAAAAGAAAAGCCAAAAAAAAUUGUGCAUUAAGAAAUCAAGAUUUGAAGAAUAGACUAUUUUUUGGCUUUGAACUUAUUGAUCUAAAAAAUAAGAGGAAAACGUUUUUUGAAGUUUUCAAUUAGUUCAAAACAAAGAAGGGGUUCUUUCUGAAAAAUAAACAAAAAACUCCAGUUUUUUUUCAGCUCGACAACAACUUGGACUUCACCGCAACUCAGAUCUUUCUCCAAGCCUACGGAACCACGAAAGCCGUGGACGUCUCCAAGAAACUCUCCACUUCUCAAGCUGAAUUCGAUAGUGACUUCGAUCAAGUUUUGAAACGUUUUAGAGCUUAAAAAAGUUUUUGUUCAGUUGUCCACUGUGGCGUCGACGGAUACAAUCCUCUCCGUUGAUUUGGACUCGAUCUUCAAUUUGGCCAUGACUCAUUUGCCUAAUAGGAAAACGACGCCGGCGGCUUUGAUCCUGAUCACUGAUAAGAGUUUGUGAGUAUCAAAAGUAAUAAGGUCACUAAAAAGUAUUUAUAUUGAUCUAUUUUUCUAUGAAACUUCAGCCAAUCAACAGCUGUCUUGAAAGAAUCCACUAAAGUGACUAAAGGAAUCAAUUCUAAAAAAAAUUCGGAAAAGGCUCAAAUUUGCCUGUUUUUGUUAUGGUUUCCAUUCUGCAUUUACCUAAUUUUUUGGGAGAAAAAGUCAAAAAUAAAAAAAAUCUUGAGCUCAUUAUUGAGUACCUCGGAAAAACUCUAGGGGCCGCUUAAGAGCUUCCAUCGGAGAGGACACUUAAGUGGCCACUAAAACCACCUCGGAAGAAGUAUCUGUUUAGCGUUCUAAUAACCGGCUAGUACCACUCAGAAUUCCUAAAAGGCCAUUAAUUUCUAGCCACAUAAGGGCCCACUAGGUCGACUACUACAGUGACUACAAAAACUUCAUAACCCUAAAGUGGCCACUAAGAAUCUCCUCAGACUGUUCAUCUGCACAUCUAACUGAUAAAUCUAAGAAUUUCAGUUAAAUAUCUUAUUUACUCCAUUUAAAAAUAGGUCUAGCACUUGGAUAUCUUAUAAGAUUUUUCAAAAAAAGUAACUCGAAAGCUCCAAAUCAUUUUUCUUUAACUUUCUUAAUCAAAAAAAUCAAGGAAGCCUCAAAAAUGCAAAAAUCAAGGCUUCUGGCCCAAAAAUUUCAAAUUCAAGAACAAAAACGUUUUUUUCAGAUCGGCGUCUCCGGCUUCAGACCCCCGCAAAAAAGGUCUUUACUUUGCGGUCAUUGGAGUUGGAGCCAAUUAGUGAGCCCAUAAUUAAUUAAAUAGCCCUAUUUUUGCAUUUUUCAGCAUCAACUCGUACAAUAACUUUGCGGAUCAAAUCGUUUCCUACGCCGAUUGGACCGCCCUUCCCAAGGAUCAGCCAUUUGGCAACGUUCUUUGCAGCUGUGAGUGUUCACUUUAGGGGUCAGGAAAUGUUGUUUUUGGAAGAAGGGAUGAAAAAAACACUUUGUGUUUGGUUUUAAGAAUUGGAAACUAAUUUUUUUGUUGAAAAAAAGUCUAGAAUAAACAGUAAAUUAAAAUGUUGCAAAUCGAGGCAUUUUUGUUCGUUUUUCAUGCACCUUUAAUGAUGGAAGGGGCUUAUUUUAAGGCGAAAUGAAUUUUUUACAUUGAUUUAAAAAAAUGAGGUCUUUGAAAAGCCAUUUCAUGAGAAUUUAUCGCUAUUUUAAAUAGGUUUUUUCCAAACUGUACGAUUUUUUCAAUGGAAAAAUCUUUUCUUCAUCUUUCCACUGAAAAUUAAAGCUCUGGAUUUCAUCGUCUUCUUUUUCUAGCGUUCAAAUUCUCAUUUUUUCAGUUUUUGAGCCUAUUUCGUGGCGUAGAGCCCUUUUUUAGGCUGAAAAUUGAGAAGAAAUCGCGAAAAAUUCAUUUUUGAGUCUUAUUUUUUGACUUUGUUAUGAAAUCAUGAUACAUUUUUUAGUUUAUUCUCCUUCUGCGCAAGCUCAAAAGCUCCAAAGAUACGGUCUCACGUCUCAUGGUCAGUUUUUCUCGGAAAAAGCCUCCAUAACUUCAAAAUUCAAGCUGACGUCAUUUCCAAGCCCUCCUGCCAACAUUUGGACCUCAUUCUGGCCUUUGACACUUCUGAAAGCUUGUCUACCAUUAUUCUGCCGGUUUUCUCAUUGGAAAAAAGGAGUUUUGUUGAUGUUUAGUUCUAGAAAUACCAAGCGUUCGCCAAGAAGCUCAUCAAGCAGUACACGUUCAAGAAUAAUGAGUUCUCUCGCGUUGGUAUUAUCACUUUCAAGUGGGUUUUUUGGGGAUUUCGGUUUUUAUGUUAGAUUUUUGAGCUAAAAACUGGGCUCUUUUUUGAAAAUUGAACGGAGAAGAGGUGAAAUGGUGCAGAAAAUAUAUAGGGUCUUCCAACUUUUUCCGUUCCAAAACUGAAUCAAGAUUUGUGCGGCUGUUUUUCAGUCAGGUUUCUAAGAAAUAUUAACUACUCUCACCUGAAAAAAAGUUGGGAAGUUUCAAAGCCGGAAAUUGCACGUAAACAUGAGAGGGACGUCGAGAGAUAAGGAGGGCGCAGAGAAGUCAGGGCCUUUCAAGUCGCGAAAAACGGACUUUAAUGAAGAUUUUGAACUUAGUUUCCUAGUUUUUGUAUGGAAUUUUCGAAAAAUUCAGCCAACAAACGACGGAACUUCUCUCACUGACCACCGGAAACAGCCUCGCCGUCGUCAAUCAGAAAAUCGACCAGGUCACCUACACGGCUGGACUCACGGACGUUUCUAAGUUGGCACAAGUUAUCGAAAUCCAUAUCCAAUUCCACUGAAUUCAGUGCGAUGAAAAAGGCGAUCGACAUGUUCAAGAAUGAGAAUUUGGGCGACGGAAGUCGUGGACAGGUCCUCGUCAUUCUUUCCGAUGCCGAGUGGGUUUUUUCUCCGUAAACUUACAAGAAGUACUUGAAAAAGAGAAUUUCAGACAGUUGAAAGAAAGGAGGAAGUAUUAAACUUUGGGCAUUAGAAAACUGCCCUUUUUCGAGAGCUUUUCUUUGGUUUUCUCAAUUUUAAGCCUUUCUUUGAGUUGUAGCCUGUUCACGGUUAGCUUGGGACUUUAAAGGGCGUAGCACUGUCUGUGCUCUCCAUGGACCAAUCAGUCUCUCUUUUUUCACCGUAUCAGGACCCAUUUUUUGAUGGCUCAAGCGGCUAUAACCCUAAAUAUACCCAAACAUAUCCAAAAAGUUGAGAAACGAACGACAAAGUAGUGAGAGAGUAGUGAGAGAUUUGAGAGAUUUGGUAGAGGUAGUGAAAUUUUUUAUUUCUAAUUUUGCGUUUGACUUAUUUUGAAAGUGUUUUCCGGUGUAAAAAUGCUUUCAAAGCGCGGUCAUCUUCACUUUUAAUUGAAAUUACUCUUGACGCAGUUAGUUUAGGCCGACAGUGGACACGUAUGACAACGAAAUCGAUGCUGGUAAUCAGUUGAAGGCCCUCGGCGCCGCCACUUACAUCGUUGGAUAUGACGGAUUCAGCGAUGACGCGAAACAGGUUAAAAAGGAACAUUUUGAAACGCUUCAAAUUGCUUUGAUAUUGAGCUUUUCUGAAGCUCCUUCGUUGAAUACGUUUAUUGCAAUUUUUUAUCUUCUUCGGUCUAUGAGGACGAUAAUUUUACUUUGCGACUUGCAACUUUCUGAAAAUUGAACAGAAUCUUUCUUGAUGUAUCAGAGUCAUAACCUGCAGAGCUUUUCAUAUUCAAAGAAACAAGCUCUCAAAGUCUCAAAUAGCUUCAGCGGUUUUUGAUGGUUUUCUUUGGUUUUGAAGUUUCCUAUCAUCAAAACUAGGAAAUUGAACCUUUCGAAGUUUAUAGCUUCACAUUCGCCUUUUUCACACAAAUUUCGUUUCCGUGCUUUUACGAAACUUUCCCAUUGUUCCAGAAGCUCGACAAAGUAACAGACCCCUCGAGAAUCUUCGACGACUUGUCCGAUCCGACUCUGAACGCCCUGACCCAAGGAAUCGUCCAAUACAGCCCUUGCCCUCAGCCCAGUAAUCCUUCAACUUUUUCCCCAAUUUCAAAAUGCUUCUUAAGAAUGCGUGACCGCCUAUUACGCCGUGGAGAUCAGUGAGGCUACCAAGGACGACGUCGUCAGGGUAAACAUUUUUUUUUUUCUCAAAUGUUCCGGGAUUUUUGGAAGUGCGACUCUCUUCAAUCCUUUCUGUGGUUCUUCUAAAAUAUAUCCUUUUCCAGCACCUUCAAGCAGUUCUCGUUGCCGCCAAACAGGCGUCGCUCGUUCAGCCGACGGCUUCUUUCCAACUGGUCACCUACAAUGACCAAGUCAAGUAAGUAGAUGAACAAUAUAUUAGAUUUGGAAAGAAAAGCGCGAUUCUUUGAAGCUUGAAAACUGGCAAAAAAAGCUGUUUUUACGGUAGCUUUUCCUUUUCUGUGCUUUCAAAACGGGACCGUCUUGCGCGGAAAACACGACAGAGCUCCGUACCGCCUUGGCGAUGCAGUUUUCGUAUGGUCUGUUCAGAUUUUGAAUUUCAAGUUGCCGCUCAAGCUCUGCCCCUAAUGGCGCGAUAAACCAAUCAGAGAGCGAGCCACCCACAGAGCGUUUUCGGAUGACGUCAUUGUAAUUGACAGUCAAAAUCUGAAGAGGCUAUAGCUGAUUCCCGGCUAGCUUGGGAAGUUAAGGGAGCCUGGCCUGUCUGCGCUCUCCACGAGCCAGGCACUAUCUCUUGCAUUAUCGUAUCAGGACCCUUUUUUCGAUGGCUCAAGUCAGCCGUGAAUCAGCUAUAUAUAGUCCGUCCGCCGCGCCUUGACAGUUUUCGAGUGUCGUGGGCCUCUUUGUUCCCUCGCCGACGUGGUCUCAGAAACGUGAAAAUAGCGCGUCAAGAAGAGACAGUCGCCGAGAGACGAGGAGGGCGCAGAGAAGUCAAGUUGCGAAAAAUGGACUUAAUAACUAGACAAUCUUCCAUCAGAUAGUAGAUAGAGGGCAAAUGAUCUGACCUUCAGGUUCAACCCGGUCGGAAAGCAGUCUUUCGACGCUUUCCAAGCUUUCCUCCAGCCUCUGAUUGACGGCCAAUGGGUCAAUUAUCUCGGGGAGAAAGUUCGACUCGACACGUUUGAACUGAAAAUAGUUUCCCUCAACAGGAAUUUCUGACUUUUCAGAGUUCUCGACACGAUCGCCAAUCAAUUGAACGUCGAAGUUCAGAACAGCCGACUGUUCUCGAGCAGCAUCGUGUUCUACGGCCAAGCCAAGUAAACUCGUUCUGAACUACUUGAAAUGCUGAAAAUUUCCAGCGCCGCCGUUUUGAUUCCGAUCGAAAGCGACGAUUUGAAGAAACAGCAGAUUUCGAAUGCCGCCGCUCAUGUUAGUGGAUUCUUUUUUUUGGAAGUCCUGGGCUUUGGGAAAAAGAACAAUAGUCUUGGAAAAGCUUGAACUUGAAAAUUCGGAAGUUUGAAGAAUAGUUUUAAAAAAAACUGAGUGAAAACCCAAAAAAAGAGAUGCUAAGAGUAUAAUAAAACGAAUCUAGAAAAAAAAUUGAAGAAUCGAUCUUUAUUGUUAAUAAAACUUGUGCGGAUAGCUAUCAGCAGAUAUCAAAAGUUGGAACUUUCCUGUCUGCGUUCUCUCGUUUUUACACGCUCUUCCCGUUUUUGUUUUUUGACUACUUCACCAGGAAAGCUUCAUCCCAAAUUCCGAGGCUUCGAACUAAAAAUAUGGUUUUUUUUUGUUGGUAUACUUUUUUAUACUUUUUUCAUGAAUAUGGAGAAAAAAUCAGAUUUAUAUUCUUACCGACUAGGGAAGUUGAGACGCAGACAGGUCAGAGUGUUUUGAAAGUGGUCAAGUCGAUUUUAAUUGAGUUGGAAUGGGGGACGCAUUGCGUACGCGACGCGGCUUUUUGGCGGGAAACUUGAGGUCAAAUGUAGUCAUGAAAAAAUAAGUUUUUCAUUUUUUAAACUAAAUCUUUUCAAAACCAGAAAAGAUCAAACGUUAUUGAAAGAUUGCCGAAAAGGAGAAAAAAUAGUAGCUCGCGUUUGAUCUCGAGCUCCGCGCCAAAGAGCCGCGACGCGUACGCAACGCUUCCUUCUUGCUUUUCAAAGGGGUACCGGCGGGUGUGCCCGUAUUGAACCCGUUUAGAACCCAUGGUAGAACUUUCUUAAACGCAACUGAGAGCUUGUUUAAGCCCAACUGGGUCAUCCAUUUCCCCCUACACCCGUUCUUCUCCCGUUUUAACAAAACCGAGACUAAUAGCCUCAAACAAUGGGUAAAACACGGGCAAACACGUUGAGACACCUGACCAGCAUGAGAGAAGCCGGGAAGGAUAAGCUCUUUUUUCUCACAACAAUCCCGGUGUAAUUAAAAAAAACAAGCUUCCAUCCGUUAUAAGUUUAGUUGAAAGCGUACACGCCGCGGGUGUACGUCGUUGACGAUUCGCGACCCGCCGGCAACUUCGGAACGGAUUUGUGGAACCUCGUCACGGACCCGGCCCGAAUCAUUCCCAGCUCGGCGCCGGAUCUUCAGGUCGCCCUCAGCCACACCGACUACUACGUCGAGUGGGACAAGCUCAGCUGCGCUCUUCCGGCUUUUUGUGAGCAUUUGUUUCUUUCACUGGAGAAAAAGGAGCUAUUAGCAGGGUUUUUCUCUCCACCAACCAGACACUAUCUCUUUUUUUUCGUGUCAGGACCUUUUUUAUAAGUCUUGUUUUAUAAAGACGUGUACCGUAACCCGAAAAUCGCUUCAAGACCUAGAAAAUGUUCUCCUUUCUUAAAACUGAGUUUUGAAUAUCGGCUUGAAUUUUAACAGAAGAUGCGUAAAAAGUCUCUCUAAAACACUUUCUUUGAAGUUCAGCCGUUACUUUUGAAAAAAAAAGAAUUUCUCUCGGAAAAAAAUCUUGAAAGUACUGCAUUUGCGCUCCAGCGAACCAAAUCUCUGAUUGGCUGACUCCGUUGUAAGGCUGCUGAAGUGGGCGUGGCCAGCCAAUAAGAAAUUCAGUUCAAUACUCGGGAAAUUGAUUAUUUUAGCCACGUGUUACGAUACUUCUCUGGACAUUGCCGUGAUGUUCGACAUGUCCAAUCCUGAUCAGAAGGUUUGAAACAGGAAAAAUAAAUAUAAAAAGGACUUUUUCCAGUUUGUGAACUACGUCUCGAAGUUGUUCGCCCAAUUCACGACUGGGUUUGACAGUAAGAAAAAUCGAUUUCUUGAAUAUUGUAUUGAUUUUUUCCUCUUCAGCUCACGUUUCUUUGAUCGCCUACGGACUCCGACCAGCACGAGUUCUCUCGCAGUUGGCCGCUCAUUCUGGUUUAUUUUGUUUCUGAAAAAAAUCUAGCUUUAGGAAAAAAAUCAAAAAUCUAGCUUUCAGAUUUUUGAUUUUUUUAAAUAUUUAAAUAAGUUUUAGCUGUUUUCAAAGUACUGGUGAGUAAUAUUUUUUGAAAAAUGCAGCGUUUUUUCAAGUUUUUUCAUAGUCUUCCAAGUGUAACCAUAGGAAAUUCCAGCUGACGACUUGUCUUCGGCCAAUCAGACUUACCAGGAAUGGAGAGAUGGAAGCCUUUUCAGCACUACAACACCAGGUUCAUUUAAGAAAAGUUGUUCUUAUUGUAAUUUUUUUCCUGAAGCUCCCACAACGACAGCAGCCAAGCCAUUCCAAUUCGUCGAAAAUGAUUAUGUGAUCGGUUCGGAUACCGUUACAAGGUUAGUUCUGGGUUACGUGAAAAUAUAGUUUUGGAAAACUCUCUUUUAGUUCACUGUUUUAAGAAAAAAAAAAUCAACUAGGUUUAACUUUGCCCAAGAUAAUUUUCAAUCGAUGUUCUUGAAUUUUUCGAGUUGACAGCUUUUAGAGGGAUCCUUGAAGUUUUUAUUAUCCUUUACUUACCCCAAAGAUCCGUGAUGUAGUGUUAAAAAGAGCAAAGUCUUGCAAUAUUCGAAAUAUAACUCAAAAGGGCUCUUCGCGUUGAGACCUCCAUGAAAGGUUGUAUGUGCUCCUUUGAAAUUCUAUGCAAGGAACUUUUGGAUCCGACCAAAACUGGUAUAGCCCACAGAAAUGGAAUAAGAAUAGGUGAAAAAAGGCUUGAAUAAUCAGAAAUUGGGCCCGUUAUCAACGAAUCUCUGUUUUUGUGGCUUUUCUGGGUCCUGUCGGAAUUUCGUAUUGCCAAGACUUUAUACCAUUUUCAAAGCUCUUCUCGCGGUAAUCAAAGCCACUUCUGACCCUCUCAAAUUUAGUUAUCUUUCUGACGGGUGUUUCACAUCACUUUGAACACGGCGUUAUUUUCCUAUAGCCUUCAGUUCACCCAGUUCACCAAUUUCAGCCUCUUCGACACGCUGUCGACGCAGUUCGGAUGCGGACACUACGGAGACAACGGCGACCGGCUUUUCGCCCCCAACAUCUACGUGAUCGCCUCGGACAACCUGGCCAACUACUCGCCGGCCGUCUGGACCAAGUUCCAGACGGAGACCCGGUCUCGCUACGGCUGCUGGGACUGCGCCGGAACUCCUCGAUACGUCUUCCUCUCGCGAUCCCCUGCCAAUGUCGUGCCGCCUAUUGGAGUGAGCCUAAAAAUUUGAAAUCUGUAGUCUGGUCAGAUUUUGGGUGUCAAGCACAAUGACAUAAUUUGAAAACGCUGGUCAGAGAAGAAAUGAGAUAGCACGUAAACGUGAGAGCGUUGCCGAGAGAGAAGGAGGGCGCAGAGAAAUCUAGUUUCAAGUUGCGACGAAUGGAGUACACCUUCAUUAUUGACAAAAAAAAAAUACUUGGUCUCUAAUAGUUUUUGAAAUAUUUUUUCAAAAAUCCUUCUUGUGACAGCUUCAGCAAGAGCGUCAUUUAUAAUGUCGUAACCAUGAAAUUACUUUGCUGUGCGACAUUGAAAGCCUUCUAUCAUGAUUUUCGAGAGGGGAAGGCGGUUUUUAAAGUCAGCUCUUUAAGCUUGUCAUUCAAACUUCCGUAAAAUUUUUUUUUUCGUAAAUUCAUGCAUUUGAUCCUGGUCUUUAGAAUCUUUUAUGCUCGUCUUUCAAAAGUUAUAUUUUUCUUCAGACGACGUACACGCUCUCGGACGCCGAUUUGGACAUCGAUUCAACGGACGAUACUUCCACGCCGACAAGUAUCAACAAGUUCAACAGCAUCGUCAACAGCUUCUGCACGACUCCGCUAAUUUGUCAGUUCAUCGCGUCAUCUCCGCUCCAACGAUAACUUUUUCUCAUUUCAGACUGCGCGUCCUACACUUGCUACAAUCAAUGA